AUGUCCUCGUCCAUCCCCCUCGCCAACCUAUCGCCCUCGUCGAGGCCCUCCUACUACAAAAUGCCCGAAUCACCAGCGCCAUAUGAGCGGCGCUCAGUGCGUCCACGUCGAGGUCAUUGGACCGCCUCCUUGAUCGGAUCCUAUGUCUUCGACUGGUUUGUCUUGCUCGUCACGGCAGCCAUCGCUGGUGUUUUGGGAAUCGUUACCCCAAACAAGCGACCCUUCUCCGUCAUCGACCCAAACAUCUCCUUUCCGUUCACCGAGCACGAAACCGUUCCCAUGUGGCUCGCCGCCAUCUGCGCCGUUCUCGUCCCCAUCAUCGUCAUCGCCCUCGUCUGCCUCGUCCUCGUCCCCGGAAACACCGUUCCCAAGGGUACUCCUAAAAGUCUGAUUUGGAAGCGAAAGCUGUGGGAGUUGCACGUCGGUUGGCUUGGUCUCGCUCUCGCCAGCGUCGGCGCAUUCUUCAUCACCAACGGCAUGAAGAACAUGUUCGGAAAGCCUCGACCCGAUCUUCUCUCCCGCUGCCGCCCCGAUCUCGACAACAUCCAGAAUUACAUCAUCGGUGGCACUGUAGCCAACAUCACCGGUCUGACCGGCACCACUGGCUUUGGCCAGCUCGUCUCAGCUGCAAUCUGCACCAACACCGACAAGCACACCCUCGAUGACGGCUUCCGCAGCUACCCCUCCGGUCACUCUAGCGCUUCUGCGGCAGGCCUCAUUUAUUUAUCCCUCUUUCUCGCCAGCAAGUUUGCCGUUACUAUGCCAUUUGUGGCCACUAACAGCGAUGCGUCCUCUCAUUCGGCUUUCCCCUCCCGCCUGCAAAAGUCUAGCUCCGAAUAUGAGCAAGUUCGAUCAGGAGAAGGGGGUUCUCUUAACCCCGACUCCGCCGGCGCUGCCAGGAUUCUCGCAGACCACAACAAGAUGGUCACUGCGGUUCGACGUCAAGCCGCUGCGCCCCCCAUCUAUCUUCUGGUUAUCGUUGUCCUACCUUGGUUCGGGUCUAUUUUCAUUGCAGGCUCUCGUUGGUUCGACUUCCGCCAUCACGGAUUCGACAUCCUGUUUGGUUACUUGAUCGGCGUCUUCACCUCUAUCUUUGCUUUCCGUUACUACCACCUACCGAUUCGUCAAGGCGCCGGCUGGGCUUGGGGUCCUCGCAGCCAUGACAAGGCGUGGUGGUCCGGAGUGGGCUCAUACAGCUAUGCGACCGACAAGGGAGACUUCAUACGCUCUGGCGACGAGGAGGAGGCGUACAUGUCCCGCCCGGUGGACCAUGCGACCUCUACUCAAUAUGUGGGCAAGACGGGUUCCCACGACGGCUCAGGCCCGGAAAACAGGUUCUGA